AUGGCAAUCUCGGCAACAACGACGUUCAGGUAUGUCACUGUCACAAGCGCCGGCGCCAGCGCCACUGCCGACCCGACCUCUGAUCCGGCCCCCUCGGGGGAGAAGCGCGCGCCGAUCUGGAUUUCCAUCUUCAUCCUCUUCGGCGCCCUGACGGGCCUCGUUCUGCUGUUUUUCUGCAUCUGUUGGGUCGCGCGCCGGGUCAUGAUCCCUGGUUUCUCGCCAACGCGACCCAACUCGCCGGAUGCGGAAGCGCACGCUCACGCCCACGCCCGUGACCCCGGCAACGGCCCCGCCACACCCCGGACCCCGGCACCGGCGAUCCCGGCCGUGGCCUUGGAGGCCAUAGCGCGCAAGGUUGCGCAGCUCGACAACUCGGCGCCCGUCAUGACAUACCAGGCCUGGCUCGACGGGUAUGAGGGCGAAGACGAGGGCAAGUGUAUGGGAGAGCUUGACGAGGAGAAGGACGACGAUGCGGUCAAGGGCGUUGUCAGAGCCAGCUCCUAUGUCGUUUGCGUGGUGUGCCUGGAAACACUCGAGAACAGCGAUCUGAUUCGCAACCUGCCGUGCCGCCACAUUUACCACUCCGAAUGCAUCACGCAGUGGUUCCUCAACAAGCACGACACUUGUCCGCUGUGCAAGGCUCACUAUGUGUCGCAGGACAAAGAGGAUGCCGUGCUUGCGAGGCCACCGGCAGAGACUUUCCGAGUCCACAGGCCCUACGAUGCCAUGUAUCGGCUCUAUACGCAGGUGCCGAUAUGAAACUUUUUUUUUUUUUUUCAGUUUUUCAGGUUUGUUUGCAAACGAGCGACACAACCGGCAUGCGUCAUAACGGGCAUGACGGAACAGGACUGUGGUCGUCAGAGAGUGUGUAUAUAUGUGAUGGGCAUUAUGGCACGAAGAGGGCUGUAGGAGCCCAUCAGAGGUGGAGUCUGGGGUCCUCAUUUUCACGGCCUUUGUUUUCCUAUCUUACCUUACCUUCAGGACCCCCCUGUGGCCUGUUCGGCAGAUGAUACCACGGUGUGAACGCAUCCUUUGAUCCAAUUGAUAUCAUUCCACUUCAUCUCGA